GAUGGCGGCGGUGAUGCGGUUCAUCGUUGGACUGUGUGUUUUUAGUUUUUUUUUUUUUUUUCCGUUUUUCUUUUCUUUCUUUUAUUUUUUUGGCAAACAAAAGGGUGACUGGCGCUCGCGCCGGUGGAUACUGCUACACCGUUUUUCCAGGAGCCUGUAACUUGUUUUUUCGCCUUCUUUGUGUCGCUGGCUGGUUGUUCUGGAGCUGGUUCAUGUCGUCACUGACAGGUCUGUAAGGGCGUCGGUGUUGGAAGUUUUUUCGAGUGGGGGGGUCGAGCAGUUCGGUCAUGGCGGUGGAGGCUCGGCCGGAGCUGGUCGGGAAGCGCUUUCUCUGCGUCGACGGCGAACAACUGCCUGAAAUCAGCGACAUUGUUCGGUGGCCGUGGAGGUCCGGAGUCAUCCGGGCCGUCAGCCGUCGUGACAGCGACAGUCCGGACCUGACGGUGUAUGUGGAGUUUGACGACCAGGAGUGGGAGAAGAGAGAGUGGGUGAAGGUCUAUGAGGAUUUCCAGCUGUUUCUGCUGGAACACCAGCUAGUCUGGGUCAAGAGGAAGGAAGGAGCUGCUGCUGCAGGAGGAGGAGAGGGAGGCUCAGGCAGUGCAGUUGGAGGUGCAGGAGGUCUGCUGCAGGGGGCCAAGCCCAAGCACGUACAGUGGCCUGCUCUGGCCUUCAAGCCGGUGGUGGGGAAGAGCCUGUUGUCAUCGGUAACAGCAGUGGAGUUCCUUUUGGAUCGACAGCUGGACUUCUUAUCUGACCACUCUGCCUACCAGGCCUACCAGGAUGACCUGGAUGGCCAGAGCACUGUGCUCAGAGACAAUCCUCAGCUCCAUGACGAGGUAAAGGGCUGGCUCAAAGACCAGAAGGUCCAGGAAAUUUUCAUGCAAGGUCCCUAUUCACUGAAUGGCUACCGUGUGAGAGUAUACAGACAAGACUCUGCCACCCAGUGGUUCACUGGCAUCAUUACACACCAUGACCUCUUCAGCCGCAACAUGAUCGUGAUGAAUGACCAGCAGUCAGGAAUGAUAUGUUUAUUCUCUAACUUCUUCUGUUUAUUCCUCUGUCUAGAGUUAAAGUCAAAGGUCAAACAGUCAGCAAAAAAACGUCGGAAGGCCGAUGAUGAGGAGAAGAAAGGGGGCUUAAAGAGGAUGAAGAUUGACAUGAAUUCGGACCUAUCAGAAAGCAGUGACUCUGAAAUCCCACACAACAGGACUGUCCACUCAUCAUGCUCUUCUUCCUCAUCCAUAUCCUCCUCUUCCUGCUCCUCCUCCUCCUCCUCCUCGGAGCCCAACUCUGAGAAUGAGCUCAAGAUUCUCAGCAGUGAAGGAAAACCAAGCAGUGUUUCUAAAAUGGAGGAAGAUGUGAAGCCACUGAUUGACGGCUCCAGAAUCAGUGACUCCUCAUCUCUCAUUGGUCGGCUGUCUCCCUGGUCGGAGCUUCAAGCAACAGAGGCCAGCAAAAUUGGUGUUGUCAAGGAAACAAGCAAAAUAAUUACCAAGGAGGAGGAAGAAUUGGUGGCAAUAACACAGAUCACUCAGUCUCCACGGCAACAAGUUGCUCUGCUGCCUGACAGCAUCCAUGGUGGCAUUGUGGAGAGCUGCAAGACCUCUGUGAAAGCCUCCACGACUCCACCUUUAUCUCAUCUCCAUGGCAGCAGUGUGAUUGAGAUCACAGAAGAUGCCCAAGCCACCGUGCACCAGGAGAGCUCAGAGGCUGUGUCGGCAUUGUUAGCCUCCCAGAAGGCAGAGUCCACGGCUCUCUCACCCUACCUCCCCCUCAAUCCAUCCCCCGUCUCAUCGCCUCCCGUCCCCCCAUCGCCUUCUCCGUCAGAGGGCGGGCGCAGGUUGGACAUGGAGCCUGCCGCCCAGCUGCAACAGGGCAUUAUGGGGAAUGGCUUGGCAGCAGUCAGAAGUAUGAGCAGCAAGACCGAGAUUCCGCAGUCUGACGUCAUCAGCACAGUGACUUUAUCUGAAAAUGUUCCGCUGUUGGAGAAAGAAAAACUCGUCCUGUCUCACCAACCUCUUCAUCAGCACACACCGCAGCAGCACUACACGUCUGUCCUGUCUAGUGUCAGUUCCCUGUCUUCAUCAGACGACACGAGGAAACACACACAACAGCUGCUGUCCCACAAGACAAACACCACUCUUCCCCCAGACUUAACCAAACCCAAAAGUUGCCUCUACCCAACUUCACUCGACACCCACAAGUCAAAACUCCAGCACAUGAACAACUCUCAGAGCCAUCCCUACUCAAACUCAAGUCCAGCCGAUCUACUCAAGGCGAAGCCCCACGCGGACUUGCUGGACAUCUCUAAACCCAAACCAAGCACCUCCCCAGAAGUUUCGAAACAUAAAAUAACAAGAUACUCUGAUACAUCUCCUCGUCCCCCAAACGCACAAUCGGCUGCCAAAGUGGAAACACUAGAAGCUCCACGGUCUGGUUUCAAGCCUGUUCCGGCCCGGUCGGAGUUGGGUAGUGGCAGCAGUACCAGCGCCACCAGCAAGAGUCCCCUGAUCAUCAAUAAGAACAAGACCUUCACUGUUUACAGAGACCCGGCGCUGGUCCGCUCUGAUGCUGAGAACUCUGCUGUAGCCACAGUCUCCUCCAAUCAUGUCUCGGCCUGUCUUCACUCCCACUUGCACCCCCUUCAUUCCCCGUCUCCGCACUCUCCCUGUCUCUCCGCUGCACCCCACCCCCAUGCUUCUUCUCACCUCCUUGCCCCUCCUCACACCCAUCUUUUGGCUCCCGGGGUUCUGUCAGCCAUGCCUCCUCCUCCAACAGCGUCUCUUCUUGGGGGCCACCCUCGGCUCGACUCCCCAGCCGGUCUGGGUCACCUCAGCUUGGCUCUCCCAGCAGCCGCACACCAGCAGCAGUUUCUACAGGGUCAGGGCCCCCCUCCACCACCACUAUUAGCUCAGCCUCACAGCGGGGCAGCAGGACUAGGACUGUAUCCUGUCCUCUGGCAGUACCCCAAUGGAGCACCGUCGUCCUACCCACCAGGACUCAACCUGCCCCCAACAGCCAAAUGGGUUCACCCUGAAAUUUCUGUUAGUGUUAAUUCCGAGGCGUCUCUCAGGAGGAACACAGCCGGUCCAUGGCUCCACCAGGCCGCUGGCAGCACUGGUGAAGGUCUUGCGUUGUUGAGCCACGUUCCUGUUCGACCAGCCAGCGCUGAUGCCCACUGCACACCUGCCAAGAUCAACGCUCGUGCGAGCCCGUCGCUGUCAAAGGAGGUUCAUAAAGUAGAUCUGGAAAAGAAAAGCUCUGUGAACCCAAUCAGGACGUUGACACUGUCACAACUGAAGCAAGAGCAGAUGGAUAGAAGUCAAACUCAGACUGGGAAAGAAGUCCAGCUACAACGACCCUACUUGGAUGGUCACAGCAAGCCACGCUUGGCGCAGAUGCAGGAAGCAGUGAAGGCCACAGACCAUGCUAAUAAGUACAAGGAGGAGAAUCGACGAAUCCUCCAAGAGAGCAUUGAGGUCGCACCCUUCACUGCCAAGAUCCAGCGCACCAGUGAACAAGGGCUGGAUAGGGAUCGAGAGAGAGGCAGAGAGCCCACCUUUCCUCCUCGAACACCAGCUCUCACUACUUCUAGCCCUAAACCUGUCCACACACAUCCCCAUGUCAUCCAAUCAGAAACCACAAACUAUUUCACCACGUUGUCUAAUAAUGUGGUGAAUGAACCUCCGAGGCUUUACCCUUCCAAGGACCUCUGCUGUUAUUAUGGCAGAUUAUCUGUUGGCACUCCAGGGGUUGUAACCAGUGUUGGGACUGCUGUUCUGAACCAGGGAGCCCUUUCCCUGGGCAGCUACGGCUCCAAAUCCACAGCCUCCCUCUCUAAGCCUCCUCCUCUGAUAAAGCACCAGCCAGAUGGUGGUGAAGGUUUAGCUGGGAAAAUUACUGAGCAGUUUAGCCAUCAAGGGGCCCGAGUCCAACAUCACCAGCGCACAAGCAUGGAAAGGCUGGAACGGCGGAGCCCUGCCACCAUCUCUUCAGCCCUUAACCACCACCAUCCCCACCAUCAUCAACCACAGCACCAGCUCAGGGGAAUGCCAUCGCUUCACCGGGCACCAGUCUUCCACCCACCCACACAACACACGCUGGAGCGCAAAGAGGCCGCAGAGCGAGAAAGGGAGAGAGCAGGCUGUAGUGGUCGUCUGUCUCCGCCAACCCUUACGCCUAUCCAGCCAGUUAGCUUGGUAUCAGCUGGUAGCAAAGUAUCAGUGGAGCAACAGAAACCACCCACACUACUGCCAGAACUCAGGGAGGUCAAAGGUAAUUUAACUGCCACCAGCACUCCUUCUACUGCCUCAGACGUCAGGGGUGAGACUAUGACAACAUCAACAGAAGUUUGGAGAGGUGGGGAGUUAAGUCAAGAAAGGGCAGAGAAGGGAGUAGCCAGGGGCAAACCUCAAGCUGCAAUGGCAUCAGUCAUUGUGCGUUCAUCCACAUCUGUCAAAUUUAACAGCACGUCACCUGUUGUUGGUUACAGACCUGGUGCUGCUAACAGUAAGGUUGAGGGGAGAUUCUACCCUUCAAAGCCACAAGAGGAAUACCUAAGACUGGGGGAGAUCAUCAGAGAACCUGGUAGUAGUGCUGGUGCUGGGAGGGUUAUUCAACCAAACUCUAACUUGGAUGAUGCGUGUGUCAAGUAUAAAAAGGCUUCUGUGGAGGGUAUUGUUAGAACCAGUCACACAAAUGCAAUUUCAGGACCAGUUUGUGCCACAGAGAAUAGAAGUGUGCUAGCCACCACUGAGUUGGGCUUUUUAGUGGCAGCUCAUGGUGAAAUUGCAACCCAUAAAACCUGUGGUGGUGUCAGUGCCUUGAGCCACUCAGGAUUAGGAGAGAACCAGGAGGUUUCACAUACUGAAUCUCCAGGGGGACCUUUGCCUCACCCUAGCCCAGCAGGGACACCACACCCUAGUCCAAGUCUCACACCAACUCCUAGCUCCAUCUCUUGCUCUAACCAGCCAUAUUCUUCCUCUUUUAUUCACCUUAAGAAGCACAAAGCUGCAUUAGCAGCAGCCCAGUCUAGAAGCAACUGUGCCAACACUCCUAUAUCCAUUGCUACUGGAAACUCCUUUACUUUAGAUUUGGUUGACAAAGCACUCACUCAGAACUCGUCCUUGCCCUCUUCCUGCAGUCAGUCCUCUUCAUCCUCAGUAGACAGCAGCAGCAGCAGUUCAAUACGUAGGAGCACAACGCCAGGCAAGUGCAGUCCCCUGCCUCUGAAUGUCCAGUCUUCUGGAUCAGCCUCAAUCAACAGUGGCCAGCUCAUUAACUAUCACAAGUUGAAAAAAGCUUGGCUAACGAGACACUCAGAGGAGGACAAGAGCACAGCUUCUACCGCCAGCUCCAUAAUUUCAAAACCAGAAAAGCCACUGUCUGCUAUGAGUGGCACAGCCAGUCCCAGUACAACCACAGCAAUGUCAGAGAUGAUUAAACCAUGUACUGUCAAUCUCAUUGUCUCCCCCUCCAGUGAUGUGGAAAUUAGCAAGGACAGUGGCUGCAAAGGAUGUGACAGAGACAGACAGCAUGAUGAAAAGGUAGGAGGAGCAGCAGGAGGUGGAGCAGAGGAGAGGAAAGCAGCUCCGGCAUUAAGAAGAGGGAGCAAACGGUUAUAUGAGUCUGGUUCGGAGAGUGGAGGAGAUGACACGGAUACCAGUGAGAGCAAACCAGAGGGGCGAGCCAAGCGUCAGCCAAAACCAACCUACAAGAAGAAACAGAAUGACAUGGCCAAAAGGAAAGCCGACAUUGAGAAGGAGGAAGAUGACGUGAAGCCCAACGGUAUCUUUAGAUCUGCCCGUGAAAAGACCAAACUCAAACUGUCCAGCAGCAAUGGGAUCCCUCGCUCUGUGCUAAAGGACUGGAGGAAGGUGAAGAAGCUGAAACAGACAGGAGAGUCCUUCCUGCAGGAUGACUCAUGCUCAGAAAUUGGAUCCAACCUGCAAAAGUGCCGUGAGUGCAGAAUGGUUCGCAGCAAGAAAAAUGAAGAACCUGCUCAUUCCCCCGUCUUCUGUCGCUUCUACUAUUUUCGACGGCUUUCCUACAGUAAAAAUGGAGUAAUCCGGAUGGAUGGUUUUUCUGCGCCUGAUCAGUUUGAUGAUGAAGCUCUGGCUCUUUGGGUCCCUGGUGUGGAGGGGAACCAUCUUGACCAUACGACUGCAAAGUACAUCCUUACAUUCAUUGGAGAUAACUUCUGUAGGAUGGUUAUGACUGAGAAGACUGCAGCCACCUGGAUAAAGAAAGACACAAAGCUGGCGUGGAAGCGAGCAGUGAAAGGGGUGAGGGAGAUGUGUGACGCCUGUGAAGCCACGCUCUUCAACAUCCACUGGGUGUGUCAGAAAUGCGGCUUUGUCGUCUGCCUGGACUGCUACAAGGCCAAGGAGAAGAAGAGCUCCAAAGAUAAAGAGCUUUACGGCUGGAUAAAAUGUGUCAAAGGUCAACCCCAUGACCACAAACAUCUGAUGCCAACCCAGAUCAUACCUGGCACAGUGCUGCUGGAGCUGGUGACGUCCAUGCACUCACUGAGAGAGAAGCACAGCAUCAGAUCCCAGUGUCCCUGCACCAACAAACACAACCUCCUCGUCAAACUACCCCCCACCAAUGGAGUCUCUCAGCUUCUGCAGAACGUCCUGAACCACAGGAACAAAAUGUCUCUGGUGAAAGUGGACUCCGACUCUCAACAGAGCAUUGAUCCAGGACUAAACAAAGUGGAGACUAAUGGAGGUGUUGUUGGAGGAAGCAGUCCAGGGAGUGAUGCCGGAAAUCAUCCCGUCAGCCCAACAGAGCCCCAGUCACCUCUCCAUUUCCUCGCCGACCUGGCUGAGGACAAAUCCCAAGGAAGACAGAAAGAAAAAAAAGACUCAGAGUUUUUCCAAAAAUCAACAAAAGAAGGAAAGGAAGCCAGCAGCCUGGAGGAGCUGAAGCCGUGUAAAACUGUCUCUGUGGUGACCAACAGUGUGGAACAGGGCUCCACUCUGAGAGAUCUGCUGACCACCACGGCAGGGAAGCUGAAGCUGGGCUCCACUGAUGCAGGAAUCGCGUUUGCACCAGUUUACUCCACUGCAUCACAGACUGCUAAGGUUGGACAGACAAUGCCAAACAUUCUUGAUGACAUCAUUGCUUCAGUUGUUGAAAACAAAAUACCUGCCAGUCGCCAGAAUGUCACAGCCAAGUUGUCAGUCAAACAAGAGUCUCCCACUCCUGAAAGCAACAGCAUCCUCAGCUCUGAUGGUGUUCAGGAUGCCAAAUCAGGCAAGAAGAAGUCAGCAGCUGUUACCGCAGGCAUGCCAGAUGAUUCAUCCAGUCAGUAUCCAGAUAUUCCCCACUCCUGGUUGGACAGGAGACGCUUACUGUGGCUGAAAGACCACCGCAACCACAACAACUGGAAGCUUUUCAGAGAGUGCUGGAAGCAGGGACAGCCUGUGUUGGUAUCAGGGAUCCAUAAGCAUCUGAAUGCCAGCCUGUGGAAAGCUGAGUCUUUCAGUCAAGAGUUUGCAGACCAUCAAGGUGACCUGCUCAACUGUAGAGACCAAAUGGUCUCCAACUCUGGGAUUAAGGAAUUCUGGGAUGGAUUUGAGGACAUCACCAAGCGACCCAAGUCAAAGGAUGGGGAACCGGUGGUCUACAGACUGAAGGACUGGCCCUCUGGGGAGGAAUUCAUGGCUUUGAUGCCUUCAAGAUAUGAUGACUUGAUGAGGAAUUUACCGCUGCCAGAGUAUUCUGAUCCCGAGGGUAAUCUCAAUUUAGCCUCCCACCUGCCACCUUUUUUCGUCAGGCCAGAUUUGGGACCGAGACUCUGCUGUGCCUAUGGUGUUGCAGCUUCCCAGGGCCAGGAUUUUGGGACUGCCAGCCUUCAUGUAGAAGUCUCUGAUGUUGUCUCUGUUCUGGUUUAUGUUGGAGUCGCCAAAGGCAAUGGAGUCCUGUCCAAAACUGGAGUCUUGAAGCGUCUAGAAGAGGAAGAUUUGGAUGAGGGGGUUCGGAAGAGGUUGAAAGACUCCAGUGAAACACCAGGAGCACUGUGGCACAUCUACCUCAACAGAGACUUGGACAAAGUCAGACAGUUCUUGCACAAGGUGUGUCGAGAGGAGGGCGAGUGGCGCACACCGGAGGCUCUCAAACAGGUUUUUCAGCACACCGCUCCGGGGCGCGAGGCUGCGCGCUCCCUCAUGAAGCUGAGGCAGGGCAGCCGCCAGGUAACAGACUACGCGAUCGACUUUCGCGUUCUCGCAGCAAAGAGCGAAUGGAACCCGGCGGCCCUCCUCGAUGUGUUUUUCCAGGGUCUGUCUGCAGAGAUCCAGGAUCAGUUAAUAGCCACCGACCUGCCGGAUGAUCUUGAUGAAUUGAUAGCACUGGCCAUCCGCACUGACCGCCGUCUGCAGGACCGUCCUCGGCGAGCAAACCGUAAUCCCGACCACCGGAUGGCCACGCCUCCAGCCCGUUACUCCUCCUCCUCCACUCACUCUCGGCCUGAGCCCCACCAGACAGUUCUGAGGAGCCAAUGUAGCUGGGGAGAACGCGUCUGUCACGAACAGAGCGACAGCACCGCCGAAAUCAACCCAGAUCUGACUGGGGUCCCCGUGUGUUACCAUGAUCUCGCAGCUGUUUUUUGCAAAGCAAAAGCUAAAUCGUUACCACCGCAUCGCAGUUAUCACUGUGCCAUUGAACUUCUCCCUGGAGCAACUCCUCCUCAGGGAAAACUAUACUCCUUGUCCGCACCUGAAUGUCACGCUAUGAACGAGUACAUACAGGAGUCCUUAGCAGCCGGGUUAAUACGCUCAUCCUCUUCUCCAGCAGGGGCAGGAUUCUUCUUUGUAGGAAAGAAGGACGGAACACUCCGUCCCUGCAUCGAUUACUGCGGUUUGAAUGAGGUCACCGUGAAGAAUCGCUACCCGUUGCCAUUAAUCUCUUCCGCGUUUGAACUGUUGGAAGGUUUUGUCAUUUCUGCAGGGGAGGUUAAGAUGGAUCAUGCAAAGGUGGUGGCAGUACAGGAUUCAGUGGCUGCUCCCCUGCAUGCUAUCACCUCAUCCCUCCGCCCGUUUGUCUGGUCGAAAGAAUGUGACGAGGCGUUCCGAGUCCUAAAGGAUCGCUUUACCACGGCCCCCGUGCUACUCCUCCCUGACCCCGUACGACAGUUCGUGGUAGAAGUCGACGCCUCCAAUGUAAGUGUGGGGGCUGUUCUGUCCCAGAGGAACCCCACGGACAACAGGCUACACCCUUGUGCCUUUUUGUCAAAGAAAUUGACCCCCACAGAACGCAAUUAUGGCAUUGGCGACCGCGAGCUGUUAGCGGUUAAAGUGGCUUUGGAGGAGUGGCGGCACUGGCUGGAGGGGGCACAGUUCCCUUUUAUCGUUUACACUGAUCACAAAAACCUGGAAUACCUCCGUUCUGCCAAACGGCUCAAUGCCCGCCAGGCCCAAUGGGCAAUAUUUUUCAGUCCUUUCAACUUUACUCUGUCCUACCGCCCGGGUACCAAGAACGGGAAACCAGACGCCCUAUCUCGCCUGGGAGAGCCAGUAGACACGCCUGUAGAUCAAGGAAUGAUAUUACCCGCUUCGUGUUUUGUGUCUGCCUUAACCUGGGACAUCGAGAGUAGAAUUAAAUCGACAAUCGGGGAUGCGCCAGUUCCUGUCGGGUGUCCGCGGGGAAAACCUUUUGUUCCUCCUGACUUCAGGAGUGAGACGAUCCGCUGGGUCAUUAACCCUGUUUCGGUCCGUCUUCGUCUUCCUCGGUCCAUGGGCAUCCACCCUACUUUCCACGUCAGUAACGUCAUGCCUGUUUGGUCGAGUGCUUUGUGCCCUCCUGCUGUUCCCCCGCCGCCCGCCCGGUGUGUGGAUGGUGGCCCGGUCUUCUCCGUGCGUCGGCUCCUGGCCUCUCGCCACUGUGGUCGUGGGUUUCAGUAUCUGGUCGAUUGGGUGGGCUAUGGUCCCGAGGAGCGCUCGGAUUUUCAGCUGGAGUUUGCACACUUUCCGAAACGCACAGUGAUGCAGCUCUUGGUGAUGCCUCAGCAGGAGGAGCACAUGAUGGGGUUCUGGAGCAUCAGUUCUCCUCAGUUGGCAGAGGAAAUAGAAGUCCUCAGUUACACAGCCAGAGUCUUGGUGCUGCUCAGACUCUCCUCACCGGCUGAGUACAGCCACUUCCAUGUUGUAGAGAGGCAGGUAAUCGGCUACCAGUUAGAGGAUGUUGUACCCUUGUUGAUGUCCUUCAUGAUGAGGAUUAUUUUGCUCUGUGUUAGCCAGUCUGGAAAGUCCUUCUAUUUGUUUGUAAAAGAUGAUGGAAUUUGCCAGUAUCACUGUAUCAUCCAUCGGCUGUUUCCUGAUGCCACAGUGGUGCCUUUGUAUCAGUGCUCUAGACAGUUAAGCUUUACAAACUCCUCUUUUCUUCAUAUCUGUCAGGUCCAGAACCUUCACAGUUGUGUUCAGGUCAUCAAUGAUUUUGUCUCCCCGGAACAUGUGACCAACUCUUUCCACCUGACUCAGGAGCUCAGUCCCAAUAAUGAGGAAGUCAACUAUGAAGAUAAACUGCAGGUGAAGAACAUCCUGUACCACUGUGUGAAGGAGGCUGUGAGCUGUCUGCAGAGAAGCAGCCUUGAGGAAGAUGACAAUAAAGAGAAGUCAUGACAUUCCAUCCUCUUCCUGCACACCUCCUACAAACCAUGUCAGCUCUCCGCCUCCUAGUGUGACUCAGAGCUUCUUUGUGAGAUCAUGGAUUGUCAUGUAACCCACAGUGACCUUAGAGCCCUCUGCCCAGGAUGGAUGUGAGCUCAGACUUGACCACAGUGUGCAUUGUGCUGAGUAAAGGUCACGUGUGUCUGUAUGAUUCGCCUUCAUCAUCUCAAACCUUCAGUGCCAAUUUGAAUCCAGAUCCAAGACGAGAAGUGCCAGGAUUUAAGACUCAGCAAACCACACUUUUCAAGAUUAUUUUUCUGUUAAUGGAGAUACGUGAUGAACAGGUGGUCUGCUUGGAGAGAAUUUCAUGAGGCGCUAACGUGCUGCACCUGCUGACACACUGCACCUUGCAGCCUCGAUUGUUGGAUUGGAGAGUUCACUGUACUUGACAGCAACACCAGCAGAAUGCAGCAUCUGAUUUUUGGGUUAAAAAAAACAUUAAAGCAAAACUUGAUGUAAAACAAAAGUGUAAGAUUUUCAAGUGCAGGCAUUAAGCAGUGUCGCGCCGCGUCUGUCGUUUGGUCAUGUCUGUUACUAUCUGUUCCUGCCUGUUCCUGUCUUUUAUUCUGAUUCUGUCAAUCUGUGGCUCUUUUCCUUGCAGAUGAUUUUUGUUUUCUCUUUGAAGAUGUAUUUAUUUCAUUGCUCUAAUAUUGCUUUCAUACACAUAAACACACACACACACACACACACAAAGAAAAUGUAAAUUAGACUUGUACAGUAUUUUCAUGCGUGGUUUUCAGUUGUACUACAGCUCUGCUGUGAUGGGCAUACCAGUUAAAAGCCUGUAAUUUUGGGAAAUGAGCUCUACAGUUCUCAUGCCAUAAAUACAUUUUUGAAAAUGAACUGCCAAACUUUUGUAAAGACUGUAAAAUUGUAAUGUGUAAAAAAACAGACAUUUACAACAGAUGUAAUUUAUUUAAUAAAAUAUUCCUUUUUUUUUUAAUUACCUUGGAUAACUUUUGAAGUUAAAUGAUAAAAUUAAAAAGCUAACAAUGAUGUGUAAAAUAUAUACAUAGUAUACAAUUUAAGAAGGUAUUUUUUUAAAACAUAGCUUGCUUCAGUUUCACAUUUUAAAGUGCAAGUGUUACAUGCUUUGUACAUUCAAAGGGUUUUACAUUUUCCAUUAAAAUGGAUUUAUCA